UAAAAGAGUGUUUGACUUUCCAGUGGGGACCAUUUCACUUGGUGCUCAGUGGAGCCAGAGCAAUCCUUUGAGAUGGCCAACAUAUGGGAGAAGCUAAAAAGUGAACAACGGAAGGAGCUGUGCAGUGUCCACAAGGAGAAGGUGAAGCUAUUUUGUAAAACUGACAAUCAGCCCAUGUGUGUUGUUUGUCAAAGUUCAAAAAGCCACCAAAGCCAUGAGCUGCUGCCUCUGGAAGAAGCGACUGAAGAAUUUAAGGAGGAACUUCGAAGCUUACUGAAACCGGUCCAGGACAAGAAGAAAGAAUGUGAUGCUGUAAGAAACGACUAUAAGAGGACGUUAAGCCACAUUCAGGAUCAAGGUGUAAAGACAGAGAAACAGAUUAAAGCUGAAUUUGAAAAACUUCACCGGUUUCUCCGUGAGGAAGAGAGGAUUGUGUUGAAAGAUCUGAAACUAGAGAAAGAGGAAAAAUGUCGGGAGAUGAAGGAAAGGAUUGAGGAGAUUACAAAAGAAAUCUCAUCCCUUUCAGUCACUGUUCAGGAUAUUGAACAAGAGCUGAGGGAACAGGACAGCAUUAAGUUCUUAACGAAAAUUCUGGAAUCAAAGGAAAGAGUGAAGCAAACUCUCCCAGAGCCACAGAAGGUUUACCCUUUAAUAAAUGUGGGCAAGUACAUCGGCUCCCUGCAGUACAGAGUGUGGAAAAAGAUGCUGACAGUGAUUAAUACAGCUCCAAUCACCUUGGACUCUAACACAGCCCAUCCUGAUCUUCUCCUGUCUGAGGACCUGAGCACCGUCAGUUGUAAUGGGAAACAACAACAGCUUCCUAGAAAUCCAGAGAGAUUUGUUCGGAACGUCCAGGUCCUGGCAUUGGAGGGAUUUACAUCAGGGAAACAUUCCUGGGAGGUGGAGGUGGGGAACCAGACAGAGUGGACAGUGGGAGUAGUCAAUGAGUCCAUCAACAGGAAGGAGGCCUUCAGUUUAAUUCCAGGAAAUGGAUACUGGUCUGUGAAGCUGAGAGAUGGGAAUAAAAACAGGGCUGGUGACACAUCGUCAAAACGCUCAGAGCCUAGUGUUAACAUAAAAAAAAUCCGCGUCUGUCUAGACUAUGAGGGAGGGAAGGUGUCCUUUUAUAACUCAGAGAACAAGACCCACAUUUAUACUUUCACUGGGAUAUUCACUGAGAAACUCUAUCCCUUCUUCAGCUCUUCACUCAUGGAUGGGAGUAAAAACACAGACCCCUUGACAAUCUGUCCACGGAGAAUAACAAUCCAGGAGGAUGAGGGCUUUGUCCCUAUUCUCAAACAGAACAGUUGCAAAGAAGCCCCCAAAAUACCAAAACAUCAUUGAUAAAUACCCAGAAAGUCUGGGGAAACCUUUUGCAAUUUUCAAAAAGGGAUUGGAUAAAUGCUUGAAGGUGAACCAUUUUCCAGGGCUGAGGGGAUAGAGAAGGGAAGUGGGACUAAUUGGAUAGAUCUUUCACAGAGAUUUGAUGGGUCAUAUGGCCUCCUCCACAACAGGAUUCCACGAAUGGAUAAUCUCAAUUUUGAAUUAUCCUCACAUGAUACUUUAAUUUCCAAAACAUUUUAUCUUAGAACAACUAGUCAGUUCCUGGAUUCUGCGUCAAGGGGAUGCACUUGGUGUUAAUUAACACAGGGGAUCAUAAGAAUAAGAGCAGGCCAUUGGUACAAUCCUGCUCAAUUGUGUCAGCAAAUUUGGAUAUUUGACUUUUAAUUCCAUUAUCAAUGUCAUUGAUGAGUAUUGUAAAUAAUUGAAGCCCCACCAUAGAUCCCUGGGAGACACCACUAGUCAUGUGCUGCCAAUGUGGGCACUUACUCAUUAUUCCAACUCUUUGCCACUCAACCGUUAUUCUUUCCAUGUCAGUAAUUUGCCUUCAGUUUCACCUCAGCCUACAACCUGUUGUGUGGGAUUUUAUCAAAAGCCCUCUGGAGGUUCACACAAACCACAUCCAUCGACUGACAUCUGUCCAGCACAUUUGUCAGCUCUUCCAAAAAAAAUCUUCAAGUGUUAGUUAGUCAAACUGGAGACUGCAUGGGAAUGAAGAAAGAGUGUUGGGGUCAGACAAACCAGUCUAACAAGACCCAUGAUUCACUGUCAAGCUGUUGGGGGGGUAGGGGG